AUGGCGGAUCUACCAGGAUCUUCACUUAUAGAUCAGCUUCUACGCCUCCGUCGUGAGGCCUCUCACCCAGACUCUGCCCACCACCUCUCCACUCUACUAUCCUCGUACACCGGGUCGUGGCCCAUUAGGCACCUCAUCACAACCUUUCAAGACAUUAAUAAGUCCGUCCCUGAACAUAUCAAGGCCAAUAACAAUGAAUCAAUUGCACGCCUACGUGCACAAGUCAAAGCAGCCACACCCAACGUUGCAAAAUUAAUAGGGACAGACUCCCGUCCCGGUCUCAUCGAUGCCAAUACGGGGAGGCACCUGACACAUAAUGCCAUUCGGCAGUUCUUGGAGGGUUUCCAGAUUCGCGUUGGCCCUUCCCAUCAUGGAAAGCCACGCAUUGCUGUCAUCCUACCUAACGGCCCUCUUAUGGCAUUGGCUGUUCUUGCUUUCGUCAACAGGUAUACCAUUGUGCCUAUGACAUCAAACACGGUGCCAGAGCAACUGCAGGUCGAUAUAGAAAACUCACAAGCUGAUGCUGUUGUCGCGCUGGACGCUGACAUUGGCAAGUUGCAGCUAAACAAUGGUACACGGCCAGUGUUUGGCAUUGAACAGCUUGAAAACAUGACUUUCCGUGUGGUCUCCGCACAGAAUGCUUCUAGUGGAUGCGAGGUUCCUCCCAAUUCUGGGGAUGAUAUUGCCAUUAUCCUGUUCACCAGUGGUACCAGUGGUACCAAGAAGCUGGUUCCCAUUACAACUUACAAUCUCAUUGCGGGUACGAUGGCUACCAUAGAGUCGGUGGAAUUGUCGGAGAAAGAUACGUGUCUUAAUAUGAUGCCCCUGAGCCAUGUUGGUGGCAUUAUGCGCAGUAUUUUCUCCCCCAUUCUCGCUGGUGGUGCAACGAUAUGUUGCCCAUCGUUUGACCCCAGCAUGUUCUGGGACACGGUGGAAACUCCUCAUAUGUCACCGACUUGGUACUACGCCACACCCACAAUGCACCAAAUGAUCCUCGCGGAGGCUGAACACCGCCCCGAUGCUGUCAAACAAAGUGCCAUUCAGUUUAUCUGCAACGCUGGUGGUGGUCUUCCCCCAACCCUCGCUGUGCAGCUCCAUGAUCUUUUUCACUGCACUGUCCUCCCCAGCUACGGCAUGACUGAAUGUAUGCCUAUUGCUGCGCCACCAAGGGACUACAAGCUUGAUCGCCAUGGAACCUCCGGACGAAUUGUUGGUCCCGAGGUUGCAAUUUUGACCGAGAGUGGCGAGCCUGUCUCGCAACCUGGGAUGCUCGGACACAUCUGCAUUCGUGGGUCACCCGCCUUCGAGGGAUAUCUGACACCCGCAGGCAAAAUUGAUACCAGCGCAUUUAACAAGUCCGGCUGGUUUGAUACUGGUGAUCUUGGACAUCUUGAUGCCGACAACUACCUGUAUAUCACUGGUCGCAGCAAGGAGGUCAUUAACCGUGGUGGCGAGAUUAUAUCUCCCGUCGAAGUGGAAAACGCUGUGCUGACUACGGCUAAGGAUCCUGAAUCCCCGCUGUAUGGUCGCGUCACUGAGACACUAGCCUUCUCCGCCCCGGACGAGGUGUUGCAGGAAGUCGUGGGUGUGGUUAUCGUCACACCUCCGGGCUUGGCUAGGCCCGAUCUUCGUCAGAUACACGAAGCACUGCAGCCUAUCCUCCACCAGCCUAAGUGGCCGGCUUUGGUAGUAUAUAUGGAUGGUGUUCCGAAGGCCAACAACAAGAUCCAGCGCAUCAAACUCGCUGAGCGAUUGUCAUUGGAGACAUUGACCACGGCCACACCCCUAGCGAACAGGCACUAUGAAGCCGUUUGCCCACCCACUGGCGCUCCGCUCACUGCAUUAAUCCCUAAAAAGGCGUGUGUCAUCGAUGAUAAAAUCAUUCGCUCGGUUCUUACCAAGAAAGCCAAUACCCCUGAGGUGCACGUGCAAAUCAACCCGCGCGACGGGCUUGCGCAGGUUGUUUUGUUUGUCCAAAACCCAGAUGAUAACCAUGUGACACCUAGUGAGCUUAGCGAUCACCUCGAUGGCUACCUCAUACCGACUCGUAUCAUCCUCCUCAAGGGACCCAUGCCAGUCGAUUUCUACGGAAAUCCCGAUCAGGCGGCUAUCAAUGAGGCCAUCCACGCUCGAAACUCGGAUGGUGAUCUGUCGCCAGUUCAGCGCCGCGUGCGGGAGAUAUUUGCUACGGCUCUAUCUUGUGCACCGGAUGAAGUAUCCGCUGCUACAGACUUUUUUGCUGCUGGAGGUGAUAGUCUGAGUGCUGGUCGUCUGGUUUCGCAACUUCGCCGCGAGUUCAGUAUCUUCCUGGCUGGUGACGUCCUCUUCCAUCACAGCAGCAUUGGCGAAAUAGAGUACAAGAUCACUGAGGCCGUUGCGGUUAAGGCUGCCAAGGGCGACGAUGGGGAAGUUGAAUUGCCUGGCUGCGAAAAAACAUACAGUAGUACGAACCCAAUUAUCCUGAUUCUGCAUUUAUUCCCGACUGUGAUAUUCUUCCCCAUGAAGCGCGCCUUCCAGUGGAUGAUGUUCGCCUACGUCGUCGCCGAGUGCUCAAAUCGAUUUCCCAUUCGCGGUAAUCUCAUCGGUCGCUUGAUUCUGGUUGUUUUCGCCGUGAUGUCUGCUCGCUUAUGCUCACAAAUUGUGUCUCCCAUCUGCGCCAUUGUCUUCAAGUGGCUUGUCAUCGGUCGCUAUAAGGAGGGAAUGUCACCCAUGUGGGGCCCGUACCAUACGCGCUGGUGGUUGACCCAGAAGGCAUCACAGGUAUGCGGAAAGGGCCUCUUCAACAACUACAACUGGUCCCGUAUCCUCUUCUACCGUCUAAUGGGCGCAAAGAUUGGAAAGAACGUCACCAUGUCCGCAUCCGCUAAGCUUGGUGAGUAUGAUCUGAUUGAGAUCGGCGACAAUGUCGUUUUGGAUACCUGCCUUUGUCGCCCGUUCGCCGUGGAACGCAACACCUCUAUGCUUUUGAAGCGCAUUCGCAUUGGCAAGGACUCUUCUAUCGGUAUCAAGUCCGUUGUCGCUCCUGGUGCCGAUAUCCCCGAGAGGACCUGCAUUGGUCCCAAUUCGUCAAGCUGGGAGCUCCAGGACGCCGAUGAGUCUAAUCGACAAUUGCUCACCUCUCAGAUCCCUAAGCCUCACUGGGUUUGGAUCCUCCUCAUUGUUGAGCCAAUCAAGCUGUUCACAUGGAUGGCUGCACGUAUUACCUGGAUGGGUGGUCUUAUUCCUAUGGUACUGCAGUUCCCUACCCCUGCGGCCGACAUGUUCCGGUCUACCCUAGAUUGGUACACCAGUGAUGAACGGGUUGCAUUCCAUAUCACCGCCAGAAUAUGCCGUUCUAUUGGUGGUCCAAUCGUGCUCUUUAUUGCGGUCUUGGUCGUAAAGUCCUUGCUCGAUCUCAUUUGUGGCAAGCCUAGACCUGGUCCUGCCUCAAGACAGACUACUCGCCAAAAGGUGCGGAGUGCUGUGCUUGCGCAGAUUUUGCCUGCAGGUGACAUCCAUGAGCUCACCCGCCUUACUGGUCGUCACUACGAGUUCGUGUCGAUGGCUGUUCGUGCCCUUGGUGGCAAGGUCGGCAAGCAUGUCUACUGGCCCAGUGUUGGUCCCGUCACUGUCGACUUUGAUCUCAUUGAGGUUGGCAACGAUGUGGUUUUCGGUUCUCGCUCAACACUGGUGACAUCUGAUGGCUACGGUCGUGACCGGAUUGUGAUCGGUGACGGUACUAUGGUCGGUGAUCGUGUUGUCGCUUUACCAGGUGCUACUAUUGGCCGUGAAGCCAUGAUUGGCUCCGGUGCUUUGCUUCGCCGUAAUGGGGAAUAUCCUGCCAAUACUGUCUGGACGGGUAGCAAGGGUGGUGAAGCUAUUCAGUUCCCAAGUUCUACUACCACCUCGCCCUCCAGUUCGACUGCCCCGACCAUCGUCGGAGACAGUAGCAGCAGCCCCAGUAGCCCCAGCAGUGACAAUGAAGAUGCAAACACCCUCAACGAGAAGCAGGCCGACCUUGGUAGUAAGAAUAAGACCUCUGCAGUUACCGAAAUCGUGGAACAGGAUACAGAUACCUGCAAGCCUUUCGGUCGUGCCUUCUACCGCCGCGAGGCCAACUACUAUGUCCUGCGCAUGUGGCAAAUUGUCAUCUAUUCUUCCAUUUCGGUCAUGGCCACUACUGUCUAUUGGCUUCUGACUGUUCUGUUCUCUCUUUUUGUUCUCCGUGCUGUCCUAGACCACAGUAAUGUUGCUGCAUUUAAGCAAGGCGCCUGGCGCCCAUUCGCCCUGUACGGCCUUCUGGCCUCAAUCCUAUCGGUCAUCACCGCUGCUCAAGUUUUCCUUGCCUUCGGCAUCAUUCUUUGCAUUAAGUGGACGGUUGUGGGCCGCCGCAAAGAAGGCGCCUAUCACUGGGACAAGAGCAGCUACAACCAGCGCUGGCAAUUCCUCCUUUCGUGCGAGACGCUGAUUAAAGAUUGCUAUGACGGGGUUGGUCUUCUGCCCAUGAUAUCUGGCUCUGCUUAUAUUUCCUGGUACUACCGUCUCUUGGGCGCGAAGAUUGGAAAGGACUGUGCCAUCCACGCCAACGGUAGCCCCAGUAUCUUCUUCACCGAGCCCGACCUUCUAACCCUUGGUGACCGUGUCGCUGUCGACGAUGCUAGUCUCGUCUGUCACUUGAACUCACGUGGUGGAUUCGAGUUACACACCUUGAACGUUGGCGACCGGAGUAUUCUACGCGCUGGAUCGCGCUUGAUGUCCGGCGCUUCGAUGGGCCAGGAUGCUUGUCUUUUGGAGCACACCUUGGUCCUGUCGGGUGACCAUGUUGAGAACGGGGAUACGCUUCAGGGAUGGCCCGCCGAGGGCUUUGAAGGCAAACGUGCUUAG